AUGCGGGAAUCGCUGAGUCGGGUGACAGAGACCCGGGAGGGCCGCGACUACGUGGAGAGUCAGGGCGCCGGGCCCGGAUCGCGCAGGGUGACGAGCGCGUCCUCAGCGUCCCGCCGCGCGGCCCCGGACCUGGCCGCUCCCCGCGCCCCUCCCCUCGGCUCCCCGCACAGCCUCUCCCGCCCCUCCCCACCCGACUCCCUCAAGUCUCCACGAACGGAAAUGGGAGUCACAACGCCGGGGACCAGCGGAAACAAAACACAGAGGCGGCCGCGGGGGGGCCGCGGCGGGGGGGAAGAGCCCCGGAACCCGGCCGGCCGCGCGGGCCCGCGCUCCUCCGCCAGCCCGCGGCCGCACUCACCAGCUCCGGAAUCCGCCCCGUGGCCCUCGGCCGCGCUCCAGAGCCGGCAGGGAACGGCGGCGGCGCGGGCUCCACGUGCAGCGCCUCUCCGGGUAAGCCGCACCGCGCCCGCGACUCGCAGAGUGAGGCCCCGGGGCCCUUCCCGCGGAAUCGGCGCUAAGGAACCUCAGCCCCUCUCCCGCCUCCCAGGCACCCCUGGGCCUGGAACUACAACUCCCAGCAGGGUGCGCGACACGAACGCCCGCGGCAACGGAGGCUCACGAGGCACAAACGCCCCAGGCCGCUUGGUUUGA